AUGGGUGAGGAUAUUGAAUUCAGCAUACCAAAUCAUGAACAGCAGCGAAGAAGUAGAAGAGUUAACUUUGAUUUGAAUGAGGAAGUGCCUGACAUAUUUUUGGAGGAGGAGUCAGGACAGUUAGUUGAAUUGUGCAACGAGGAUAACAUUGUUGAGGAAUGUGUAAGUGGAUCAUUUACAUCAAAUAACACAUCAAAUAAUAAGGUUGAUGUUCCUAAUGUUGGCAUGGUAUUUGGUACAUGGGAUGAGAUUGACGAAUGCUUUGUGAAAUACGGGAAACAAGAGGGUUUUGGUGUUCGUAGGGUAGGUGGUGGUAGUAGUAUGCAAAAGAAAGAGAAGGUGAAGGUUUUGCGUAAUUAUACGUGGAGAUGUGAGUGUGAAGGUGAACCAGACAGGAAGCGAACGGUGGAUGGUAAGCGGUUAACAGUUGGGAAAAAGGGUGUGGACGUAUCUAGUAGGAAGACGAAGAAGUGCAAUUGUCCUGUGAUGAUAUAUGCUAGUGUAAAUGAAGAAGGGCUAUGGGAAAUAAGGAAAGCAAUAUUACAACAUGAAAAUCAUAAUCCUACACCUAGCAAGGUUAGAAACAUAAGCAAAUUUCGACAAGAAGAAGUUAGUUGUGCUGUGCGGAGGAAGUUGUUUAAUGAUAAAGCUGCUGGAGUGAGUAUAUCUCAGAUACACAAAUCCAUUGCUACGGAUAGGAAUGGACUCGAGAAUAUGCCAAUAACUGAGAGGGACUUGCGUAACAUAGUAGCAAAGGAGCGUAGAUUGAAAUUUAAGGACGGAGAUGCUAAUGCCAUGUUGAGUUAUUUUGACAGAAUGACAGAUGAUAACCAACAAUUCUUUCACAUGCAUCGUUUGGAUGAUGAAGGUCACAUGAAAGAUGUAUUGUGGGUUGAUGCGAGAAGUCGUGCAGCGUAUGAGUAUUUUGGGGACGUUGUAUGUUUUGACGCUACUUACCUUACUAAUGAUUAUGCACUUCCUUUUGCUAAUUUUGUGGGAGUAAAUCACCAUGGUCAAAGUAUAUUACUAGGAUGUGCUUUAGUAUCUCACGAAGAUGCUGAAACUUAUACUUGGGUCUUUAGUACUUGGGUGAAGUGUAUGGGUGGUAAAGCGCCUAAUUGUUUUCUUACCGAUCAAGAUGCUGCAAUGAGGAAGGCGUUGGUGAAUGUUAUGCCCGGCACUAGCCACCGUUGGUGUUUAUGGCACAUUCUUAUGAAGUUUGGUAAGAAGCUGGGUAAGUACGCGCUUUAUAAGGAGUUCAAAAGGGUACUUCUUGAUGCCAUAUAUGACAGUGUUUUAGCUGAAAAAUUUGAAGUUGAAUGGUGUGCUGCAAUAUCAAAAUACGGACUCGGGGAAGAUAAGUGGCUUGAAGGAGAGGAUGAUGUGGGCUCCGGCUAUAUGAAGCACAUAUUUUGGGCUGGUAUGAAGACGACGCAACGUUCAGAAAGUAUUAAUAGUUUUUUUGACGGUUAUGUGCAUAAGAAUACGAAGCUGUGUGAUUUUGCGGAACAAUACUGCAAUGCUAUGGAGAGUAGGGCAAAUUCUGAGAAAUUAGCAGACGCAAAUAGUAUUAGGUACGUAAGACAACUUGCUACUGAUUGUAAAGCGGAGGUUGUGUUCCAAAAACUAUACACAGAUGAUAAGUUUAAGGAAGUGCAAGCGGAGUGUCUCAAAAUGUUGUAUGUCCAUUGGAGAGGGGUUCAAAAAUUAACAUACAAUAUAGAGGAGCACACAUUUGCAGAUAGAAUAUGGGUUAUAUGCAAGGAUACUAAGAAGGAGGUACCUACGAAUAAGAGAAGGAACUAUCGGGUGAAAAUUGACGUAGGUACGGUCUUGGCAUGUUGUGAAUGUAAGAUGUUUGAGUGUCAUGGUAUUUUGUGUAGGCACAUCAUUAAUUUGUAUGAUGUUUUGAACAUAAAAGAAAUUCCUUCACAAUACAUCCUUGAUCGGUGGAGGAAGGAUGUCAUUCGAAAACAUACGAUGAUAAAAGUGGCGUAUCAUGAUCCCUCCAAAACUGAAGAGGCGGCUUAUUGUGGUGAAGUUGAUCUAGUAGUCGAUGCACUUAAGGUGCUUGAUGAUCGCAUAAAUGAGAGGAAGGCAUUGAAGUUGACUAGUAAUGGACCAAAAGAAGGCACUCCUUCAUCUGUGGGUAAUAAUACAAUUAGACAGGAUGUUACUCCUGGUUCGGUAAACAUGAAGGAGGGCGUCAAGGACCCCCCUCGGAAGGCACGUAAAGGAUCGCGCUCAGUUCGAUUCCCUUCAUGCAUCGAGAAGGGGCAAGGAUCCAAAAAACAGAAGAAAGGGAACAAAGAUGGCAAGGUUGAUGAUGAUGAAGAAGCCUGCAAUUCAGAGAGCGAUGACGAUGAAGGUCAUGAAUUAGGGGGACAGGAAAAAGAUUGCGGGUUUUUCCGGUGGGAUUCAGAGGUCGUCGACUCCGGUGCCAUGACAAACGAAAAGGCAGCUAUAUUGCUCGAAAUUGAAGUCGAACGGGCAAAUCAUCCGAAGAAAAUUGCAAAACUGAAGAAAGAGAGAGAUCGUUUGAAGGAGGAAGUGAGAGAUCUGAAAAUUGCAGUUCAUGAUAUGAAGACCGCCGAUAAAACGAAAGCAUGGAAGGACGCCAUUAAAUCUUGUGUUAUUUUGGGCCUAAUAUGCGUUAUUGUAGGUUUAAUGUACUCCAGUUCCAAGUAA